AGAGGUGUGCUGGGAAGCUGGCCAGACUGGGUAGCCCUCACGCACGGCAGCCUCGGGGCGGGGCCGUGUGCGGUUGGGCGGGGCCUCGGAGCCCUGAGCCCUUAAAAGCGGUGGGGCCAGCAUAGCCAGGCACUGACGACUAUGGCGCAUCCUAACAUCCCUCGGACGCUGGGCCUGGCCCUGCUGGUGUUCUGCCUCUUGACGCUGCCCCACGACACCCGGGCCAGGCGCAGGGAGGGCUUCGUCGGAGGACUGAGGGACCUGGAGCCCAACGAUCCACAGGUGCAGAAGGCGGCGCAGGCGGCCGUGGCCAGCUACAACAUGGGCAGCAACAGCCUCUACUACUUCCGAGACACGCGCAUCCUCAAGGCGCAGAGCCAGCUGGUGGCUGGCGUUAAGUACUAUCUGACUGUGGAGAUGGGGAGCACGGCCUGCCAGAAGGGCGCCGUGACGGGAGACCACGUGGACCUCACCACCUGCCCGCUGGCCGCAGGAGCACAGGAGGAGAAGCUGCGCUGCGACUUCGAGAUCCUGGUAGUUCCCUGGGAGAACACCUCCAGACUUCUGAAGCAUCACUGUGUGCCCGUGUAGUCAACCCCCGAGGCCAUGGGUGUGGGAGGGAGCGGGACCAUUGGUGGAGGGCACUUCCGGUCAGUGGGCCGUGUCUGUUGCAAUAAAUUGCUAGCACUGCU